AUGUUCUGUCUACGAAGUUGGUUGCCGCUACUCUUCAUCCCGACGAACGCAUCGCCACUUUUUAUCAUUUCCUUCGUGGCAUUGACCUACACCAUUCACCGGCCAUGCAUCUACUGUUCCGCGCUCCUCCUCAUCCUAUUCGCAUCAUCCUGCUACUGGUCAGAUCGCUGUAUCUUCGAUCUAAAGAGUAACUGGUUUGCGCCUCGCUACAGCGCCCAGUCAGGCGAACAAUACACAUCCAUGACCGGAAACGCAACGAUGGCCGCACCAAUCCCCGGAGACGGUCUUACGGGCUUUGUCUUUGAUACAUUCAACUCCAGUGCUAAGAUUUUGGCAGGAGCGGCCUUGGAUAGUGCGCAGCAGCGUCUUGGAAUCGAGUCCAGACCGGAGGAAUGGACUGGCGUUGGACUAGAGUGGUUGCGCAGUCUGCUAGGACAGCGGGAAUGGACACUGCCAUGUGUUGAUGUUAAGGUCCGGCUUUGA